CAAGCCCCGCCCCCUUUCCCGGGCUGAUCCGGCGGCGGCGGAGGGCAAUGCGAGGUGGCGGCGCGCAGGUGCCGGAGCGGCCCUAGGCGCGCCCCAGCCUUGGCUCAAGGGAAGGAGGCGAGAGAGGGAGGAAGGGGCGCCAUGUCGGUGGUGGCCGAGGCCAGCGAGUCGGGGCCCGCCGGGGCUGCUCCCGGAGGAGGCGGAGGAGGCGGCGGCGGGAACCGGGUUUUCUUCCAGAGCCCUCGAGGGAGCGGCGGGCCGUCAAGGGAGGAGGCGGCGGUGGUGUCCCCUUCGUCGGCGGCGCCCCCUCCGCAGCCCCGGCGACACCAGCAGGGCAAAGUGACCGUCAAGUACGACCGCAAGGAGCUGCGGAAGAGGCUGGUGCUGGAGGAGUGGAUCGUCGAGCAGCUCGGGCAGCUCUACGGCUGCGAGGAAGAAGAGAUGCCAGAUGUAGAAAUUGACAUUGAUGACCUUCUUGAUGCUGCUAAUGAAGAGGAGAGAGCCAUCAAAUUACAAGAAGCACUUGUGGAUUGCUACAAACCUACAGAGGAUUUUAUCAAAGAACUGCUAACUCGGAUAAAAGGAAUGAGAAAACUGAGUCCUCCUCAAAAGAAGAGUAUAUAACUGAAAAUGGUGCCCUCUUGAGAGACGUGGCCAUGAAACUGGGACAUUUUUUGAAUAGAACAACUUCUAGUUUGGUCUUUAUGAGCAAUUUAUUCUUACCUUUUUGGUUGAGUUCUGACAUUUUAUUGAAUUUGACCACAUCUGUUUUUAAGUCUUUUUUUAAUUGUCAUUUUUUUAAAUCAUGGAUGUCGACAUUAUGGAUGCUGCUUUUACUGCUUGAGAUUGAUCACACCAGGCGGGAGUCCUUAGCUGUCCCAGGCAGUAACCUACUUGAUGAAUUCUGUAAGGGACUACUAGGUGAAGCUGCUUCCUUCAAACCAGUUGGAUCACCAACAUUGAGCUGUAUACCAGACUUAUGGAUGUUAAAGUUAUUGUGAUUGUGUACAUAAAUUGUCGAGUGAGUGUUACUAUUAAUUCACAUGAAUGGAAGGAAAACAUGGUCUAGAUAACAAUUUAAUUGAAAUUGUAGCAACAGGGUGGGGUGGGAGAGAGAUCCCAUCUACGGAAAAUGGAUACUACCACUAUUUCUAAAUGCAUAUAAAGCAUUUGAGUGAAUAUCCUCAUUCACAAUACAAACUGGGGGGAUUUCAAGGGCUUGAUUUUGUAGGCUUUCAACUUAUUUUAUUGAUGUCAUGCUUGGCCAGGUCAUCUCCUCUUCACCUCAUGCUCUGUUAGGAUUGUAUUAUCCUAUUGCUGAAGGGUCUGAUGCAACAGUGAGAGGAUUAAUGCCAUUUAGAGGAGAGGUUCUUAGGGAAAGUGUGAAAGGAUGAAUGUUGUCUUGCCCCAGUGCAAUUUCCUUUCCAAGAAUAUUACAGAAUGGCCUGUAUCUGAGCUUGGAAAGUUCUUUUUUGAAAGCAAUUUGCUCCUAUUACUUCAUUGUAAUGUUUAAAAUAAUUCAUUACUGUUACUUGUGUUUUGAAAGGUACUUGUUGCAUUGCUUUUCAUUUUGCAUUGCUUUCUUUUACUCUUUUUUUUUAAGUCUAAGCCUUGAUAAAGGAAUGGCAUAAAGUUUGAAAUAUUCCUGUUAAAAUAGCUCCAAAAAUAACUGUUGAAAGCAUUGAGGGAAUGUUGCCAAGACAUAUCAUUAUACUACUUUUGAAAGGUGCUCUGUUCUAGUUUCUUUAACAGAAAGUAACUGCUUGCAGGUAACUAUGUUGCUUUUAAUUACUUCCAAGCUCUGCCCUGUACUCAAGAGGGUAUUUCUGCUGAUGGAAAUAGUUUUAUCAGUGGGAUGUAGCGGUUAACCCUUCUUCUAUCUACAGCUUCCCAUGUACCCCAAAACCUGCUCUGGUGUGGUUUUUGAGAACUAUAGAUAGCUUCAGGAUGGGAUGGAAAGAAGGCUCUGCUGCUGGAAGGUUUCAGUGUUACGUGACUUUGGCUUUAGGGCAUUUUUCCAGCUUUAACAUCAGACCUGGCAGGCUGGGGAUUGGAUGGGGUUGUUGUGGUGGUGGUGGUUGUUGUUGUUAUAAGCAGGAUCCCUGUCUCUUCAGGAAGCCAUUCUUCACUAAAAUGUUUCACAAGCUACCAUCUGCUGGUAGAUGCUAGUCUGGCAUUUUAUAUCAAGGGUGCUCUGAACAUAAUCUUAUUUUUUAAAAGAAAAAAAUACAUGUUUGUGAACUUUAUGUAUACUGGCAAGCUUUUUAAAAUGUAUUUAAUUUUGUAACGUUUUAUCAAUGAACUUUAUUUACCAGAUAUUUACUCAAAUAAAUGCAACAGAUUGGGA